AUGAGCAUAAAAGCGCGGACGCCUCCAGAGAAAGACGCACACGGUAACCCACCGGACUCCAGAGAACACGUCACCGUCCCACAUCCUCAGCAAGACAUGACGAAUGCCGUGUUCGCCGUGGUGAUCCUGUCCGUGGUGGCAGCCGCCAACGCUGGCUUGUUAACGCUGCCCGGUGGCGCCAUCGUCAGCCAGAGGCCCCACCAGCGCGAGAGACGUAUGGACAGCGGCGUUCCUCGUACGUUCGGUGUCAGCGGAGUGAAAGUCGCCGAAAACAGCUUCAACCCCGUUGUUGUUUUAAACAGCACUGGCUUUCCCUCUGCCAAAAACCCCAUCGGAACCUUCCUUCCUGCACCUUGUACUGAGCAACAAACACCCUUCUGUCAAUAAACCCAGCUACACCUAAUUCCUUGAAGGCUACCCUGGCGUCUACCCGUGUCCUUUCGUCCCGUCUGCAGUUGGUGUCUGUAACUACCAGUAGUUCUGAGCUCCCUUAUGGUCCAUCAAAUGAUCCGGUUUGCUACAUAUUUUGCAGUUACGAAUCUGUAGUAAUGUGUUCAGUUUCUGCGAAUGAAAUCUUAUCUGUGCCGUUAUAAUAAAAGACGUUUUCUUUUAA